AUGCUAAAACUAAUCGCCCCAACAAUUAUACUACUACCGCUAACAUGACUCUCCAAAAAACAUAUAAUUUGAAUCAACACAACCACCCACAGCCUAAUCAUCAGCAUCAUUCCCCUACUAUUUUUUAACCAAAUUAAUAACAAUCUAUUUAGUUACUCCCUAUCUUUUUCCUCCGACCCCCUAACGACCCCCCUCCUAAUAUUAACUACCUGACUCCUACCCCUUACAAUUAUAGCAAGCCAGCGCCACCUAUCCAACGAACCACUAUCACGAAAAAAACUCUAUCUCUCCAUAUUAAUCUCCCUCCAAAUCUCCUUAAUCAUAACAUUCACAGCCACAGAACUAAUCAUAUUCUAUAUCUUCUUCGAAGCCACACUUAUCCCUACCCUAGUUAUCAUCACCCGAUGAGGCAACCAACCCGAACGUCUAAAUGUGGGUACAUACUUCCUAUUCUACACCCUAGUAGGAUCCCUCCCCCUACUUAUCGCAUUAAUCCACACUCACAACACCUUAGGCUCACUAAAUAUUCUAUUACUCACCCUUACUGCCCAAGAACUACCUAACUCCUGAGCCAACAACUUAAUAUGACUGGCAUACACAAUAGCCUUUAUAGUGAAAAUACCACUUUACGGGCUCCACCUAUGACUCCCUAAGGCCCAUGUUGAGGCCCCCAUUGCUGGCUCAAUGAUGCUCGCUGCAGUACUCUUAAAAUUAGGUGGCUAUGGCAUAAUACGCCUCAUACUCAUUCUUAACCCCCUAACAAAACACAUAGCUUAUCCUUUCCUCGCCCUAUCUUUAUGGGGUAUAAUCAUAACAAGCUCCAUCUGCCUACGGCAAACAGAUUUAAAAUCGCUCAUUGCAUACUCCUCAAUUAGCCACAUAGCCCUUGUAGUAGCAGCUAUCCUUAUCCAAACCCCCUGAAGCUUCACCGGCGCAGUUGUUCUUAUAAUUGCCCACGGACUUACAUCAUCAUUAUUAUUCUGCCUAGCAAACUCAAACUACGAACGAACCCACAGCCGCAUCAUAAUUCUCUCUCAAGGACUCCAAACCCUACUCCCACUAAUAGCCCUUUGAUGACUUCUGGCAAGCCUCGCCAACCUCGCCUUACCCCCCACCAUUAACCUACUAGGAGAGCUCUCCGUACUAGUAACCACAUUCUCCUGAUCAAACACCACCCUUUUACUUACAGGAUCUAACAUACUAAUUACAGCCCUGUACUCCCUUUAUAUAUUUACCACAACACAAUGAGGCCCACUCACACACCACAUCACCAACAUAAAACCCUCAUUUACACGAGAAAACAUCCUCAUAUUCAUGCACCUAUCCCCCAUCCUCCUCCUAUCCCUCAACCCCGAUAUUAUCACCGGGUUUACCUCCU